AUGUCCAUUUUUAAAAUUCUGAAGAAAGCUGCUUCUUACCAGAUUCUUGGGACAAACUUUCCAUCAGAAGAUGCUACCCUUCUGCCAAACUUCUAUUUUGGGGAUAAUAGCAACUAUGCUGAGCAAUCAACACAGUUUAUUGAUAAUGCACAACAGCUCUUGGUGGGUGAGGAUCUAGAUCAUUGCAGUCUAGGACAGCCUGAUGACCAGAAGUUAUUUGAAUUGCCAGUGCAAUAUGAUACGAAUGCAAAACCUGAGAAGCAAGAGCACAUUGGUGAAUCAAGCAAGACCAUGAAUCCUGUGGAUGUAGAUUACUUACUUGAUGAGCCAUUCUUGGAUGCCAGUGAUAACCCUCAAUUUGAUGAUGGAGCAUUUCUGGAAACUAAUGACCUUUCUCUUCCCCUUGAGGCAGAUCCCGUGGCUUAUGACAUGCUUGAAGAGUACCUUACCUAUUUCGAUGCAGAUGGUGACAAGUUGCAGUUCAUGGGUUUUGACUCUUCAAAUGUGAUGGAACAUGAGAAUCUUGUUUCUGAUCAAGCAUCACUCACCCAGGAGGUGAAUGGAGAAACCCAGGAAGUGGAUUGUUCGAGCCAAAAGCUCUCAGAAGGACAUAGUAAUAGCAUUGCUUCCACUUCAAAGCAAGAGUUGACAAAAAUUGGAUCAGAUUUUCAGCACCCAUUCACCAAACAGGCUCAUCGCAUGCUGGGCAGUAUCCCUGCUCCACCUGUAUUUGCUUCAGAGUUCCCUACAAAAGGUGCAGCUCUUCAUCUGAAUUCUGCUUCUCAGUCUUCCAGUUCGGUCCAUGUUACUGCUGGUAUAGUCCAAGUAAGAAAUACAACUUUGAGUGGCAGUGGGACAGGCUGGUCGAUUGGUAAGCAUGAUUUCAAUGUUGUUCUCUCUUUUGACCUGUCACGAGGUGAUGGUAAUGAUGCCAUUCUGGAGCCAAUGGUUAGCAUGCUCACUGGAAAGGCUGGUCCGGCGAUAUCUCAGGGUUGGUUUUACUUUAUAUUCAUGUGGGUCCUGAUUAUUUCCAUGAGCUUCAAGAUUGGGACCUGUAUUUGUGCCAAGUAA